CGCGUGAUCACUGAACAACAUAAAAACAGGAAGUGACUCUGACAGCCUCUACUGCUGGGACACACAUAUACACACACACACAGCGGAGCUCUGUAGACAUGGGUGUUGGGACAAUCGUUGCCGUUACAGCGGGAGCAGUAGGUGCAGUGGCCCUGGCUCCUGUUGCUCUGGGGGUGCUGGGUUUCACCUCAGUUGGAAUAGCAUCUGGCUCCGUCGCUGCAGGUAUGAUGUCCUCUGCUGCAGUGGCCAAUGGAGGAGGAGUUGCAGCAGGAAGCCUGGUGGCUCUUUUGCAAUCAGCAGGUGCAGCUGGCCUGUCGGGGGCUGCCACUGCAGCUGUGGCCGGCGCUGGAGCUGGUGCAGGAGCUGGAGUGAACCGGCUGGCACGCCUCUUACACCGGAAAUAAAAUAAUAAACUAAAUGUUCUCACAUGGAGAAUUUCAUUA